AUGGCAGCCUUUGAGGCACUCGAGUACCUCCGGGCUCGCAGUGCCAAAGAUGGGGUGAACGCUGUGCUGAAGCUGCGGGCAGCUUCCUCCUGGGAGAAGGUCCGAGACCUUCGCUCCCAAAACUCCUUGGGGCCGCUCUUCACUGGCACGGAUGAUGGAUUCGCAAAAGAGUUGAAGACCGCCCAAGACCUCCUCUUUGAAUGCCAAGGGGAGGGCAAGCAAGAAGAACAAGUCCAGCUCCUGGACGCCAUCGCGCACCUGCACUUAAUGCGAGGCAACACCAGCCGAGCCUUAAAGUGCAUUCGAGAAGCCUUGAGCCUGGCGAAGGAGGUCUCCAGCAACUCCCUCGUGCACUUGGAAGGAACCAUGGAGAUAGCUUGCCGCUUUCGUGCAGAAUCCCCUCCCAACGCAGCCUUGGAUGCCGAGGCGCAGGUGCCGAGCUUGGCCCAACUGCUUUUGGAGGUUUUCAAGGGGAGCCCGGGCAGCGAGCGCUUGGACCGGGGCCGCCUGGCCUUGGCGGACUUCUUGGCCCACAAGGCCAAGACGCAAAGCGCCAGCCGCGCCACGAUCCGGGAGGCCGCGCAGGGCUUCGAGGCCGGCGCAGCAGAUGACACGCUCGGCGCGGCUUUGCUACUGCUGGGGAAGAUGGACUUGACCUCACCCCAGGCAGUGGAAAGACUCUAUCAGGCAAGCAAAGCCUUCCGGGCCGACAGCCUACCAGAUGCGGAGGCCACAGCCCUACAGUCGCUGGCCACUGCACUCCUGGUGCAGAACCGCCCAGACCCGAUGAAUGCCCUGCAGUCUGCAGAAGAGGCACAGGCAAUCUUCAAGCAGGUCCAAGAUGCACGUGGCCAGGCAAUCGCUCUGCAGCUCAUCGCCAACUGCAGGAUGGUCUUACAGGAUCGGGACCGGUGCAUGGCAGCCGCCUACGAGGCGCUUCGCCUUUUUGUGGAGGUGGGAGAUGAUCAUGGCACCAAGAUUGCAUACAAGCUGCUGAGUAGUUUGGGGCAGUCCGAGCAGCAGAUCCGCGCGGCCACCGCUCGGAAGGAGGUGGCACGCUUCGAUGAGGUGAAGGCCAGCGAAGACAAGCCGGAGGUCUCGGAAGAGCUGAAGGCCAUCAUGGCUGAGCAGGUGAUCUGGGAGUAUGCCUGGGUUCCCUCGGAGACCCAGGACCCCAAAUACUUCGGGGAGAAACGCCCGAGCGGUGCUCGCCGCAUCCUGGUCGCCAGCGAGUUGCGGGACCCGCGUCUCCUUCGGCAGCUGGCAGGCUGCCGAGGCGCGGCUCAAAAGGAGCCAAAGGCGAAGCCCUUCUUCGCGAACCUGAUCAAUGGCCGGCUGCUAACGGCCAAUGCCAUCCAGUCUGCCAUGCAGGCAUCCUUGUGCACAGCGGCGGUCUACGACGUGACCAAGCUCAAUAACCUGACGCAGCUGGAGGUCAUGGACGUGGCGCUGCGACUCACCCAGGCCUUGCAGCCCAUCGAGGAUCCCGAGAAGGUGGCCCUGGACGUCGUGUUGUCCUCCACGCAGAACCUCGCCUCCGUCCACGGUGUGCGAAUUCCCUUUCACUCCACUCUCUGGGGAUUCUGCAGAACUGCACGUAUCGAAAAUCCGACUCAUGAGUUCCGAGUGCUGGAUGUUGAUGCCAAGAACUUCAUGAAGGACAUGGCUUUUGUGACCCGCUACCUCUUGGGUGCACAGAGCACGCGGCCAAUGGAGGCCAUGGUGAGGAAAGGUGCGUUGCACGUGGCCAGAUUGGUGAGUGCUCGGGCCGAGUUGAAAGCCCCAUUGAAAAUGGUGCGGAAAAAUUGA